UUGGUUCAUGUCGAUGUUUCUCUAGUUUAAUACAGAAAGAUGGUCAAAGUCUCCGGAUUUUGUCAGAGAGGAUUUGUAGAAAACUGAAUCAGAUUGUUGUGAUUCUGCAGGUGAUUUUUAAAGCACAUCCAUUAAAUUAACGGACGUGUUAAACGUGAACUGCGUGGAAACAUAAAGCAAUAAAACUCCGCAGUCGAGGCGUGAAUGUGAAAAAAAAAAAAAAAAAAAAACACGUCUGGUGAACUUAACAGAGAAAUUAUUUCUCAAAGAUUCAAUGAUAAUGAUUAGAAUGUAUUUGGGUCUGGAUUCUGAAAUUGAACUUAACAGGAGUUUAACAUUAACGAGGAACAAGGAGGGCAGCAGAUGUUUUUAUUCUCAUGCAACUCGUACUAUGGUUUUCUGGUUUCUGCUGUUUUGGGGCAAUAAGUUUAAAUAAACAACAGAAAAAAAAAUCUGAACAUUUAGACCCAAAACUGCAGAACGUUAUUAUUUAACGUUCUCGUUUUCCUGCUUAUUACAUGGACUUUCUUUUACAACCACCCCCUCUCCUGAUUGGUUGAUUUCUCUCAGGCUACACUGUUUUUCAUUUGAAGAGGAGGAGGAGGAGACAGUUUCCUUAUCUUGUUUUAGGGCAGUCUAAAGUAUAACUUGUUAAUAUGUGAGUUAAUGCAGGAGUUAUACCUGUCUCUCUCUCUCUGUUUUCGUCAAUGUAUUUUUUAUUUAUGUUGUGUCCCUCAUGUCAAAUCUGUAUGAAUCUAAAAAACACAACUGAAACGAUCUUAGUUUUACAUUACAGACUGACACUUUUAAUGCUUUGUGCAGGACUUUACUUUAUGUUGUUCAUUUACUUCUUCUACUUCACUUUUUUAUUUGCGUAAUAUUUCCCUAAUUUUUAUCGAGAAACACCCAUAGAAAUAAUAUUAAACAACAAUAACAUAAAACUUCAAUGUAAUCCAUUAUACAUAUUACUAAUAAUAGUAAUUUUACUCAUUUUAUUUCUGUUUUUUCACAGUUACCCUAAAAGGCUUAAAACCGAAAAUUAGAAAUCUCUUUUAGGGUUUUGGUCACAUGUUGUUUAUGCUAAAUACAUCAGUUAGAGAAGACAUUAUUAUCAAGUAAUAUUAUUAUUAUGUGUUUUUAUCAUACAACCAGAUUAGAUUCAGACAAUUUACUGUGUUCUUCAGCUAAAUUCAAUGCAGUCUGCCCAGUUUUCACCUCUGCUUAUAUGAACCAGGUUUAGUUCAGCUUUAAAACCCUUCUCAAAGGAUCUCUAAUGGUGUUCUUGGUAAGAGAAGCAUCUGAUCUCUAGAGUUUACUGUAAAUACUUGUAGACUUCUCAGAGCACAUUUUCAUUAUAAGUCACAUUCAAGCUCUGCUCUGCGACAGCAAUCAGUAAACUUUAUGGGCUUCAGUUUCCUGCCUUACAGAACUUUGACCUGUUACACACAUACACCACCUUGGCUGUAUUCAGACCAGAACAGGUAUGAGGAGAAUUAGCGGCACUCGUGCUAUACAAAAACAAUAGAAAAACUAAAGAUAUCAGAAAAUAUCCUUUUUGAAGCAUCACAUGAGUCACCAGUGAACUGGAAGAAACUCCAGCAGAGUGGAGAAAUUCUCCCAGACCUGUUUAGGGUAAAAUGUGGAUGUAAAGUUUCCUGCAGAUCAGGGGAAAUGAUCUCUGAUCUCUAGAGUUUACUGUAAAUACUCGUAGACUUCUCAGAGCACAUUUUCAUUAUAAGUCACAUUCAAGCUCUGCUCUGCGAUAGCAAUCAAUAAACUUUAUGGCCUUCAGUUUCCUGCCUUACAGAACUUUGACCUGUGGUCUAAAAUAGCUGAGAAAACCCUACCCAUCCACAGACUGCACGGCAGCUAUGCAGUGAUAACCAAUCCAGUCUUCCACCGAGACCGGGUUGGAGACUAUCCCAGGCCCAGUCCAGGCUAACACUGAAGCUAACCGCUAAACUAACAGGAUAAAAGCUGGGUUCUGUUUUCCAGCUGCUGGUGUGGAUCAGAGAUCAGAUGAUCAUGGUGUGUUUAUUACUAUUUUAAAACAGUGGUAAUAAACUAAGACAGGGACUGUUACAGCUACUCUUGCAUCAAAAAUAACUUCCUAAAAAUCAAAAAUUGCCAGAGUAGUCUUUAGGAGUUUUUUUCGACUCACUAAUCACAGCAGGAGGCUGGCUGACAAGGAGGAGGGUCUAAGCAAAACCAAUACAUAAACAAAUAAACAGUAGCUCUACCAUUCACACAACCUUAUAUCUGUAACAUCAACACAUCAGCAAAAAAACAAAUUUGUCUCAUUCUUAAUAGGCUCCAACAGGGACGGUAGAGCAGCUGCUUGCAGGGUAAAAUGUUCUCAUUGAUGAGGCUGAAUUGUCUCCGUGCACUAUGAUCCUCACAAAACACAUAAUUACAAUUAAACGUGAUUAACGUGCAAAGAUGUUCUCGAUGCAGUAAUUAGGUGGCUCCAUGGAAAAGUGGACUGGUUCUUUGAUAGAACCAGGUUAGAACUGGCUCUAGCACCAGUCCUGGUUAAGAACCAGAACCUUUUUGGAGGAAAAGUCCUCAAUGAAACACAACUGGAUGGAAAUGAGAGACCGAUCUCCUGCUUCUGGACUUUUUCUGUGCUCAUUCUCUCCUCAGGAGCUGCUGACCUCUAGCUGCUGAAAACAGGGACCUUCUGCUGGGAGCUGCAGGCAAACUGGGAAUGACAGCAGACAGCAAGGAAAUAAUGAACAAAUUAGGACUUUUCUUCUGCAGCAUCAGCUGAAUAAACAGGAAACUAGCUCAAAGUUAGCCAGUGGUGACCAAAGCCAGGAGACAGCAUGGCAGCUGCAGAGCGUGGGACAAAUGAUGGCAGCUCAAUGAAGCGCUGCGGGAGCAACGAAAUUAUUCGUCCAGACAUGUCGGAGCAGAACAAUGGAGAUGAGGAUGGAAGUCUAACCAUGACUGUAAAAGCUAAAGCCCCUUUAAACCUGCUUCUGUUUGGAAGAAAGGGAGCAGGGAAGACCUCAGCAGCCAAGGCCAUCUUAGGUCAGACUGAGCUUCAUUCAGCCUCCAAGAUAUCAGAGAGCGUUAAAAACCAGGGAGAGGUCAGCGGACGUUGGGUUUCUGUGGUGGAGCUGCCUGCCUUGUAUGGAAGAUCAGAGCAGGAAGUGAUGGAGGAAUCAUUCAGGUGCGUCUCCCUCUGUGAUCCUGAGGGGGUCCACGCCUUCAUCCUGGUCCUACCUGUGGGUCCCCUCACUGAUGAAGACAAGGGAGAGUUACAGACCAUCCAGGACACGUUCAGCUCUGUGGUCAAUGACUUCACCAUGAUUUUGUUCACUGUGGAGUCAGAUCCUAAAGCUCCAGAUGUGGUUAAAAUUGUGGAAAAAGACAGAGACAUCCAGGAGCUCAUUAAUAGCUGCGGGAGAAGAUAUGUUGUCGUCAACGUCAAAGACCAGCAGCAGGUCCCAGAACUCUUGGAGAUGGUGGAAACGAUAAGUGGACAAAGGUCUAUAUUCUUCUCAAAGGACAUGUUUAUCAGGGUCCUGAUUGGGAGAAGUGUAAAACCUAAAACUGAACUCCAAGAUGUGAAACAUAAGAUAGAAGAAGAUCGUCAGUCAAGAGAACCACUCAGGAAAGAGAUAGAAGUAAAGGACAAGAAAGAAGAGCAGCAGAAAAAACAAAGAGAAGAAAUUAAAGCCCUGCAAGCUCAACUUGAACAGGAGAAAAAACAGAAAGUUCAGCUGCUGAAGGAAAAAGAUGAUUCCCUGGAGAAGGAGCGUGAGAAGAGAGAGAAAGAACAUGAGGAAGACAAAAGAAAAUGGAAAAAACUAAAUGAGUCACAGUGGAAGCAAAAGUUUGAUGCUUUGGAAAAACUAGCAAAUUUUGAACGAGAGCAAAGAGAGGCGGCUGAGAAGAGGCUGGAUCAGUGUACAGGAGAGAGGAUCAGGGAGCGAAAUGCUUGGGAUAAAGAAAAGGACAAAAUCUGGAAACAAACACAUCAGGAACUGAAACAGAACCUGCAGGAAAAGAAGAAGGAGCUGGAGGACGAGAAGACGAGGUACAAAAUGCUCCAAGAGGAGUUCUCCCGGAAAAGAAGGAAAUGGAAUUAUGUGUUUGUUACUUUUUUGUUGUUAUUAUUUUUCGUUAUCCUUGGAUCAGUUAACACUCGAUAGUUUUUAACACCGUGCAGAAGUGAUACGGGCAGAACUGCCUGUACUAAUAAUGCAUGAGUUAAAGUGUUAACAUUAGAUCCCAUUUAUAAGUGUUAAGGUGUGUAAAUAGUGAAUGAGACUUGAAAAUGUAUCAAUGUGAUUUUGUCAGUGAGUCUAAGCAUUUCCAGGUGAUGUGGGGUCUGCAUCCUGAGCUGAGCAGGUUGGACGGUGUAAUACCUACAUUGGUCCACAGGGUGAAACGUAGUAUUGUCACAAUUUGGUUCCUCAGUACAUUACAGUUCUAUAUAGGUGGAAAUCCUUUAUAGGACUCUUGUGGGGGUGGGAGGAGAAAGAGAUGCAGAGUAUCCAUCCAAACCCCCCUUUCAAAAAUAUGUCUGUCCCGCCUCCACAAAAUCAUUGUAGACACAAAUAUCUUUAAAAAAAACACUGCUGUACAUUAAAGGAGAAGUCCGGUCAAAAUCAGAAUUCAAAC